AUGGAGGCCUCGCGCUACCGACUCGGACCUUGCGGGGACAGGAGACUAGCAAACAAUACAGUCAAGAUAGCUAAAGGUGACCCCAAGAAACCAAAGGGCAAGCUGUCUGCCUGUGCCUUCUUUGUGCAGACAUGUAGAAAAGAACAUAAGAAGAAAAACCCAGAGGUCCCUGUAAAUUUUGCAGAAUUUUCUAAGAAGUGCUCUCUAAGGUGGGAGGCAAAGUCUGGGAAAGAGAAGUCUAAGUUUGAUGAAAUGGAAAAGGCUGAUAAAGUCUGCUAUGAUCGGGAAAUGAAAGAUUAUGGACUAGCUAAAGGAGGAAAGAAGAAGGACCCUAAUGCCCCCACGAGACCACCGUCUGGAUUUUGCCUCUUCUGUUCAGAAUUCCACCCCAAGAUCAAAUCUACAAAUCCUGGUAUCUCUAUUGGAGAUGUAGCAAAAAAGCUGAGUGAGAUGUGGAGUAACUUAAGUGGCAGCGAAAAGCAGCCUUACAUCACUAAGGCAGCCCAGCUGAGGGAAAAGUAUGAGAAGGAUGUUGCUGACUAUAAGUCUAAAGGAAAGUUUGAUGGUGCAAAGGGUCCCACUGAAGUUGCUAGGAAAAAAGUGGAAGAGGAAGAUGAAGAGGAGGAGCAGGAAAAAAAAAUAAAGGAGUGUAAGUAUUAUCCUCCCAGACUAGAUCCCCUGUACCUGGUGGGCCCAGAUGGGAUGGUGCAAUGGCCCCUGGAGGCCCACCAGGUUCCCAUGCUCCCAAGCCAUGCCACCUAUUUGUAA